ACAAGAAACAUGGCCUCAAGUUCAACAUGGCAAGAAGGGCGAGAUUAUUUACGGAAGAUGCGAGAGGAUCAGGUUCGUGAAGGAGACAUGGUGGUGAGGAUAUGGGAGGAGAUUCUACAGGACUACAGCCACAAACUGGGAGAUGAACUAUGGGUGGUGUAUGAACAAGUGUGUAUAGCCUCCCUGGACUGUCGCAGAUUUGACUUAGCAGACGCAUGUAUAGAAGCCCUAACAGCCAAAUUUCCCCACAGUCUGAGAGUGCGACGGUUACAUGGACUCUUCCUUGAGGCACAAGAAAGCUACAGUGAAGCUCAGCAAGUGUAUGCGUCCAUCAGAGAGGAAGAUCCUGCUAACAUGUUUGCCAAGAAACGAGAAGUGGCCAUAUUGAGAGCUGAACACAAGAUGCCAGAAGCCAUCAAAAAGCUAAAUGAGUAUUUAGAGGAGUUUGUGGCUGACUUUGACGCGUGGUUAGAGCUGUGUGACAUGUACACUCAGGAGCAGGAUUAUGAGAAAGCAGCAUUCUGUGUGGAGGAGCUAAUCAUGUCCAGCCCAAACAAUCACCUGUACCAGCAGAGAUACGCUGACAUCCGUUACACGCAAGGGGGAACAGAAAACCUGGAGAUAGCUCGGGCAUAUUACUCUCAGUCUAUCAAACUGAACCCCAACAACAUGAGAGCUCUGUAUGGUCUGUUAUUGUCUGCCAGUACUCUAGCUUCCAUGAAUUCCAAAAAUGCCUCAGAAAGACAGUCAAACACGAAGUAUGCUGCCUGGGCAGCAAAACAACUGAAAGAAAAAUAUCAGACUCAGCAGUCCCGAGAGCAGAUUACAGAGACAAAAUCUUUAGAGACCAUUGAGAAGAUCUUAGAGAAUCUCAACCCUGGUAGCAGCAAAUCAUAAAGGGAGAUAACUCAGUCCUGCAAGGGACAUAACUUGUUUUAACAAAAGACAGGUAAAAUCUACCAUGCUGUGUAAGGAUUUGAGAUAAAAAUGUAGUGGACACUGGGGAAAGAUAUGUUUGAGAUUGUUAGAAUAUGCCUUUUGAAAGACAGCAAAGAAGAUAAAUUGUUAGAGGAAAGAUUGUGCAAUACAACUCAUGGUGUAUGAUGACUUCCACUCUCUGCCAUGUUGGAUCUUUGAGAAAAAGGAAUGUCAUGGUCUUUUCUGGAGCGAACCUUCAGCUGUGUGCAGCAGACCAUGAAAUUCUUGAUCCAACAUGGCAGCAAGCAGAAGUCAUCACAUGUACAUUCAUUGUCUACAAUGGAGUGAAUAGGCCUACCAUGGGCCAACCAUAUUCAGUCAUUACUAGCAGCUAAUUCUUACCAUGGCUUUCACG